AUGGAUGAAGGGUGUGCCUCUUUCCGGGCUGACUGCAGCGGACGGCAUUUGGAGAGCCAAGACUCCCCGGAGCAGACCCCGGUCGGUGUCCCGGCGUUCCCGUUUGCAGCGUCAUCGGCAAGUCGUUCUCUCGGUAACUUACCGGGCCGGAUCCAAGACCACAUCACCCCGCUCUGCACAGUUCUGCUAGUUGGUCGACAACCUCAACCUGUAAUCGAUUGCGAGCACUCUCAACUUCGACCGACACGUACAGCAAUGGCCUCUUUGGUCGCUAUCUGUGAUCUUAAGGGAAAAAGCCUCAUUCAGCGCAGCUAUCGUGAUGACGUAUUGCCAGCAACCGUCGAGAAAUUCAUGCCGAAUCUAUUAGAAAUGGAAGAAAAUGACGUCUCAUCCGUAACUCCCUGUUUCACGGCCGCCGGGAUCAAUUACAUGUAUAUCCGCCACAAUAAUUUGUACCUGAUCGCUUUAUCGAAAAGAAACUCGAAUGCGGCAGAAAUCCUGACCUUUCUGCAUAAGUUGGCUCAAGUUUUGUCCGAAUAUUUCAAAGAACUUGAGGAGGAGUCCAUUCGUGAUAAUUUUGUGAUCAUUUAUGAGCUAUUAGAUGAAAUGAUGGAUUUCGGUUAUCCGCAAACAACGGAAUCAAAAAUUCUGCAGGAAUACAUCACACAAGAAUCGCACAAAUUAGAAAUUCAAGUCAGACCACCUAUGGCAGUAACCAACGCAGUCAGUUGGAGAUCUGAAGGAAUUCGAUACAGGAAAAAUGAGGUUUUCUUGGAUGUCGUGGAAAGCGUCAACUUGUUGGUCAAUGCAAAUGGUAAUGUUGUUAGAAGUGAGAUUCUCGGGGCAGUCAAAAUGAAAUGUUACUUGAGUGGAAUGCCCGAACUCAGAUUGGGAUUGAAUGAUAAAGUGAUGUUUGAGAGUACCGGCAGAACUUCUCGGGGCAAGGCGAUUGAGAUGGAAGAUACGAAAUUUCACCAAUGUGUUCGAUUAUCGCGGUUUGAAAACGACAGAACAAUAUCAUUCAUCCCUCCUGACGGCGAAUUCGAACUGAUGUCAUACCGAAUCAACACCCAAGUUAAGCCUUUAAUCUGGGCUGAAGCGAUGGUCGAACUACAUUCGAAUAGUCGAGUGGAAUACAUGGUCAAAGCCAAAGCCCAAUUCAAGAGACGAUCAACAGCGAAUAAUGUGGAGAUUUAUGUGCCCGUGCCCGAUGAUGCUGAUUCGCCUCGGUUCAGAGCAAGCGUGGGCACUGUACAUUAUGUUCCGGAGAAAUCCGCAUUUGUUUGGAAAAUUAAACAAUUGGGAGGCGGGCGGGAGUAUCUGAUGAGAGCUCAGUUUGGAUUGCCUUCUGUUCGGAGUGAGGAUGUGAUUGAAAAACGCCCGCCGAUUACGAUCAAGUUUGAAAUUCCUUACUUCACUGUAUCUGGUAUCCAAGUUCGAUACCUGAAAAUUGUCGAGAAAUCAGGCUAUCAAGCGUUACCAUGGGUUCGUUAUAUCACGCAACAUGGAGACGAUUAUUCUUUGCGAACGUGUAUCGACAAAUCGACAGCCCAAUCCUUUGCUGCAGUGUAA